UUUUAUAACAUCCAUCCACGAGCCACUCUCCAUCUUCUCUCUACCUGGCUUUCUCUGCACCAAAUUCCUCCCUGGAGGUUUUCCCGGGAAAACUCCAGUCGUGGGCUUGGGUUUCCGAGAUGAAAUAGAACAGACACUGCCCACUAGAGAGAGAGAGAGAGAGAGAGAGAGAGACAGAGAGAGAGAGAGGGGUCUUCUGCAACUGCAAGUAUCCCACCAGAGAGUUAAAAAAGGGAUAAAGAAAAGAAGAAGAUUCUUUGUGAGUACGUGAGAUAGAGAGAGAGAGAGACAGAGCGCACCUGGUUCAUUAGCGAUUUUAGUCUGCAUUAACUCUUGAUCGGAGAGUGCUUUGUCUGCAUCUUAGGCUUCGAGACUUGUUCAUGAUGGAAACCAUUUUCCUUGUUUGUAUUUUGGGGGAGUGAGGGACCGAAAUAGAUAUAUUUUUCCCAAAGAGAGAGAGAGAGAGAGAGGGGGAAAACGACGAAACACAUCAAAGGGGAAACAGAGAAAGGCUGAACCAAAGGAGGGGGCUAAAAUACACAACUUUCUUUGGUUCUGCUGUCUGAUAAUUGAUGAUGACUCCUGCGUGUCUCUCUCUGCAUGUCCGUUCUGGGAGCAGUUGGAUUCUUCCUCUUUCAUGAGAAAUCUGAGCUAGAAACACUUGUGGGGAGGAAAUAGAGCGAGAAAACCGGGGAAAAAGUUGGAGCCUUUGCGCCAUCUCGAGCUUCCAUUUCUCUUGGGGUAUGCUCUGUUUCUGGAGAUGGAGGUUGGAGAAAUCUAGCAGAGUGAGAGAGACAGAGAGAGAAGAACUUCAACUUCAUGGGUUCUUCCUUGCGUGAUUUUCAUGAUUCUCCGGCGCUAAAAAAAUGGCCUCUUUGACUGUACUAUUGCUAUCCCCUCUCGUCCUUCAUUCUCUGACACUAAACUUCGAAAAGAAAAAAGCCAUAAACUUUCUGCAAUUUGGUGGAGCAUAAAGGCGAUCCUGCUUGUGCCCAUUUGAAUUCACGGCUGUUCUUGCCUGAGAACUAAAAAUCUUUUCAGAUUGAGCUGUUGUUGAGGCCGCAUACAUAGAGAGAACAGUUUUUUUUUUCCCUUAGCAAGAAGCUUUUUAAUGGCAGAAUUUGGUUCUUUCUCCUUACCAUCUCCCAAAAAUAAUUACAAGAAAGUCAUUGGAUCGUCUUUUUUCAGCUUGCCUAGACUGUUCACUAGCUUCACUGUGAAGGGAUUCUCUGAAAUCGACUCUGUGAUUAGCCCCACUUCAAUUCUUGACACCAAACCAUUCUCAUUCUCGACAAUCAGAAACUCCUUCUGGUCUGAUAACACCAGCAGUUCGUCUUCUUCACCCAGAAACACAGACACAGAGCACAAGCGCUCUCACUGGGAAAAGAAGAAGAUAGAGUCAGUGGGAAUUGGCUUAGGCAUUGUUGAUGCUCUGAAAGAUGAGAGCUUUGACCCGAAGCAACCGAAACCCGAGACCCGGCCUGUCGUCUUCUUCGGAUCGAAGCUCAAAAUCCAAGUCCCUCCCCUGCCAUUCUCUGUCCCUCCGAACCCCGAGUCCGCAAGCCCGAGGUCUCCACCCAAUUUCGGGAUCAAAUCAAGGAAUUCCCAACUAGGUUUCGCAUCACCUCGCCUUUCGCGGUCCCUGGAUACGACAUCCCGUUCCGGGUCGUCCUCCAAUUCACACGGCCUCGGAGUGCCGGCCUCGCCCCGGGUUUUGAGUGCCAGCAAGAUGGAGCUUUCAGAGGACUACACUUGUGUGAUCACCCACGGCCCGAACCCGAAGACAACACAUAUAUUUGACGAUUGCAUUGUUGAGAGUUGCUGUGGUGAUUUCGGGUUUGCCUCUGAUAUGAAGGAGAACGGGUUCUUGAGUGAUGAACAUAGUGGUUCUUUGUCACAGAGUUUUCUUAGCAUCUGCUGUACAUGCAAGAAGAAUCUUGGGCAGGGAAGUGACAUUUACAUGUACAGGGGAGAGAAAGCUUUCUGCAGUGGAGAGUGCCGGUACCAGGAGAUUCUCUUGGAAGAGAGAAUGGGAAGAUCAGAACCAGAUGAAUAUGGCUUUUCUUGAUAACAAAUAAUCAUCACUUUGCUUCAAGGUAGUCUUGAACGUACCAGCUUCACAAGGAUGUAUUCAUCAUUCUUACAUAAAUCUUUAGAGGCAGAGAUGGAGACUGAACUUUCUAUUGUAUGAAAUGGGUUGAGCUUGGGUUUCUUGAUAUCUUAGGCUGCUCUGCUACUGCUGCUCCUCUCAGCAAUCCUUUUUGUUUUCUUUUUCUAUUUCUCUCUCUCUCAUAAUGUUUCUUGUAUAAUCGAUUUCAAUGAAGUGGUAAUUUAGGAGAUUUACUAAUCUGGUGCCUUGGUCCAAAAAGGUUUUCUUGUUUGCAAAGUGGUGCUCAUAAUGAUGAUAGGAUGACUGAAAUGAUGCCCAUUAUCUUCCCCAAAUUAAUAUAUUGGUGCA